ACCCGACGAACGAUGAUGCCGCGGCCUUAUCCUCCAUCCCGUCCUCUUCUGCCGGUUUUAUCAUUAUGGCUCCGACACUCCUUCCGCCUACUCCUUUCGCCGCCCAUCUCUCUACUCGAACCCUUCAGCCGCACGCUGCUACCUCCUCCCUUCACCGUCGUCGGUGCUCUAGUCUCUUCCACCUCCAUUCCUCCUCGGACGCAUCCACUCCAUCAGCAGCCUCCACUGCCCUCCAAUGCCCAUAUUUCCAGUCGUAUGUACCCAGUAGCUUGGCAUGUGGUCGGAGUUCUAGAUGCAGUCUUCUUAUUCGAACAACUGAUUGGUACAAACACACUCGUGGAGCCUCUAUGGACCAUAGUGUUCUCUGUUCAGCUUCAAAAAAACGCGGUUUUGGGCAGUAUGUUACGAAGAAAGAAAAGAAUCCCAAGGAAAGCAAUCAAUCUACAUCUGAGGCAAGAAACUUUGUGUCUCAAGAGCCCAACACAAGAAAUCAGCAGGCACCACAAUUAGCUAGUGGAAGUAGUCGAAAUUUGAACAAUGCAUCGUUUGAUCAAAUUUUUUUGGAGAAGGUGGAAGUAGUGAGAAGGUCUGCAAUGGAGCAGAAAAAAGCUGAGGAGGACAAAAUCUCUCAGGCAAUAGACUAUGAUGGACCUGUUGUGUCGGAAGAGAAUACAAUUGGAUUUGCUACCAAGGUUGGUGUUGGAGUAGCUGUCACUGUUUUCGGUCUGGUUUUUGCAUUUGGGGACUUCCUUCCAUAUGGAAGUGUUAGCCUGAAUGAAGAUGCUGCUACAGUUCAGAAAAAACUUGCAGAAGAGGAGAAGUCAAUUCUUAAGACCAAGCUUGAGGAAUACAAGGAAACACUAAGCAAUUCACCUGAAGAUCUUUCAGCUCUCAAAGGAGCUAUAGUUACUAUGAAAGAUUUAGGAGAAUACCAACAAGCAUCUUCUCUUCUUGAGAAAAUGACGAAGGAAAGGCCCAACAAUGCUGAUGCAUUUCGUUUACUGGGAGAUAUUAAGUUUGAGCUUAAGGAUUAUGAUGGAAGUGUUUCUGCUUACCACAAUUCUUUAUCAGCCUCUGGUAUUGUUGACUUUGAAGUACUUCGUGGGCUCACAAACUCAUUUCUGGCUGCUGGAAAGUCUGAUCAAGCAGUUCAAACCCUUUUGAGCUAUCAAGACAUAUUGAGUGAGAGCGAUUUGGUAGGUUUUGGCACAGAUGUGGAUAACAAGGUUAAAAUGAACAAACAAAGAUUCAAUGUUGAUCCAAUUGAAGUUGACUUGCUUUUGGGAAAAUCUUACUCUGAUUGGGGCCAUGUGAGCGAUGCUGUGGCUGUUUAUGAUCAGCUAAUUUCCAAGCAUCCUGAUGACUUCCGUGGCUAUUUGGCAAAGGGAAUCAUAUUGAAGCAAACUGGUAAUAUUGGAGAUGCAGAAAGAAUGUUCAUACAAGCAAGGUUCUUUGCGCCUGCAAAUGUUAAACCUAUUGUGGAUCGUUACUUGGCAAAGUGAGUUGCCAAUUUGGUGGAAGGUUAGCUUGACUAAUUUUUGUUGCUACUGGGGCGAACCUUUGCUAAUUGGAUAUGCCUGUCCUCUUCCUUGAUCUUAUGCAGCAAAUCUCUCCUUGUAAUGGUGUAAAUUAUGUACCUUUUGAGUGCUCAGUUUGUUGAGCUUAAGCUAUGUAAAUUGUGAUCUACCUUGAUGUAUUUAGUCUAUAGUACAUUUUCUCUA